UCCUGCCCGCCUCCUGACUGCCUACUGCUCUCCAUUUUGAGACAGUGCUGCUGCUGCAGGACUCCCAAAACUCGGCUGGUGCCUAUCCUCAGGGCCAUUCCUGCCCACCUGGCCAGGAUGGCUCCGUGGGCAAGGGGAGCUGGAGGAGGGGCUGCAGGUGGACUGGCAUUCCGGAGAGCCAGGUGGGCAUGGCAGCAGAGAUGGCCCUGAGCCACCGAGGGCCCCGCGAGGUGCUGAGUGAGGCUGAGCUGGAGGAGGUGGCGCAGAGGAAACCUCCCACCAAGCCCUCUCUGCGCGGCUGUCUCCGCAAGACCAGAUGCUCGGGCUCUGCUGCCAAGGCCCUGCUGUUCCGCUUCCUGCCCUUCCUGCGCUGGCUGCCCCGCUACCCCGUCAAGGACUGGCUCGUGGGGGACAUCGUUUCGGGCUUCAGUGUGGGCAUCAUGCACCUGCCCCAGGGGCUUGCCUACGCGCUGCUGGCUGGGCUGCCACCAGUCACGGGUCUCUACUCCUCCUUUUACCCCGUCUUCCUCUACUUCUUCUUUGGAACAUCAAGGCACAACUCCGUGGGUCCUUUUGCUGUCAUCUCUGUCAUGAUUGGGAGCUUGACAGAGUCCCUGCUGCCCAGCGAGCACUUCCUGGAGUCGGUCAAUGGCAGCAAUGCAACGGUCAACGAGGAGCGGCGCGACGCUGCCAGGGUGGAGCUGGUGGCCACCAUCACUGUCCUGACAGGUAUCUUCCAGGUGGCCCUGGGCCUCCUGCAGUUUGGAUUUGUGGUCACCUACCUCUCAGACCCGCUGGUGCGUGGCUACACCACUGCUGCCUCUGUGCAUGUCCUCGUCUCCCAGCUUAAAAAUGUUUUUGGAGUCUCCCAAGGCGAGAGCUCAGGGCCACUCUCACUGUUUGUGACCAUCAUCGAUCUCUGCAAGAAGCUGCCAGACACCAAUGUGGGCACCCUGGUGACUGCCAUCAUUGCCAUGGUGGCCAUCUUGAUUGUGAAGGAGCUCAACCACAAGUUUGCUGCCAAAUUGCCCAUGCCCAUCCCCAUCGAGCUUAUCACGAUCAUCGUUUCCACUGGCAUCUCCUAUGGGGUCAACCUGAAAGACAAGUUUGGCAUCUCUGUGGUGGGCAACAUCCCCAGCGGGUUGAAGCCACCUGUGGCCCCUAACAUGAGCUACUUUGGGCAGGUGGCAGGCAAUGCCUUUGCCAUUGCUGUGGUAGGCUAUGCCAUCUGCAUCUCCCUGGGCAAAAUCUUUGCCCUGAAACAUGGCUACAAAGUGGACAGCAACCAGGAGCUGAUUGCACUGGGGCUCUGCAACUUCCUAGGAGGCUUCUUCCAGUGUUUUGCCAUCAGCUGCUCCAUGUCGAGGAGCCUGGUACAGGAGAGCACAGGGGGCAACAGCCAGGUAGCUGGUGUCAUUGCAUCCCUGGUCAUCCUGGUGACCAUCCUGAAGAUUGGAGAGCUCUUCCGGGACCUGCCCAAGGCCAUCUUAUCUGCCAUCAUCAUUGCCAACCUCAAGGGGAUGUUCAAGCAGUUCAAGGACCUCUGCACUCUCUGGAAGUCCAACAAGGUGGACCUGCUGGUCUGGGUUGUGACAUUCAUAGCCACCCUCCUGCUGAACUUGGACAUCGGCCUGGCGGCCUCGGUGGCAUUUGGGCUGCUCACGGUCAUCUUCCGUACCCAGCUCCCCCACUACUCCAUCCUGGGGCGCAUCUCCGACACCGACGUCUACAGGGAUGUGGUGGAAUACGAGAUGGCACAGGAGGUCCCUGGUGUGAAGAUAUUCCGCUCUUCCUCCACCAUCUAUUUUGCCAACGUGGAGCUGUAUGCCGAGGCCCUGAAGAAAAAGAGCGGCAUUGAUGUGGACCGCCUGAUUGAGAAGAAGAAGAAGGCCCUCAAGAAGCUGAAGAAACAGCAGAAGAAACUGGAGAAGGAAAAGGCAAAGAGGAAAAAGAAUGCAGAGGACGGUCCAGGCCUGGCAGUGAUUGAGUUGAACGCGGGACAGAGCAGUGAACCCUCAGAGCCCACCCUGCGCAGCCUGGGGCUGCCCCAGCCCAGCUUCUACGCUGUCAUCUUGGACUUCAGCCCCGUCAGCUUCGUGGACACCGUCUCCAUCAAGAUCCUGAAGAAUAUCUUCAGGGAUUUCCGUGAGAUAGAAGUGGAUGUCUUCAUUGCCUGCUGCCCGGUAUCUGUCCUGGCCCAGCUGGAGCGAGGCAACUUCUUCAGUUCAACCAUCACCAAGCACUCCUUCUUCCCCUCGGUGCACGAUGCCGUGCUGCACAUCAGCAGGGAGCGGCACCAGGCCCCGGUGGAGCACAGCACCAGAAUGUAGCCCCUCAAGAGGAAGACAUCUCCCCCAGGAGACGGGCGGACAAGGAAGGCUUUGCCACCCUGAUGGCACCAACUCGCCCACGCUGGGCCCCAGAUGCCCUGACCCCACCAUCCCCUCCGGACUGUGGGCGCUGGGGCCUGCCCUGGCCAUGGGCCCUGCAGUGGUGGGGCUGCUGAGGACGGAGCUGCUGCUGGCUGUCACACCGAGGGGCUGCCUGCUGCCUCCACGCUGCCCCGGCACGGGCCUGCCCCACCAGGCCAGGCCUGGCUUGGGGGUGCUGGAAGGACCAAAGGGUUCCUGCUCCCAGCAGCGGGCUGGCAUCAUGAAUAAAGCUCCAUGGUGUUCCCCAGGGCUGGUUUCAGUGCCCUUUCCUCAAUAAUGGUACUUUUGGGCCAGACCAGCCCACUGCACCCCGGUGCUGCUGGGAAUGGUCUCCCUGCAGGUGGGCUCCCCAGCACCCUCCCUCUGGCUCUUCUCUGCCACUUCUGGCCAUGACCUGCUCUGGGUAGCAGUAUGGGCAGCGAUCCCCAUCCUCAGAAGGGUCACAGAACCCUCCCUGCCUGACUGGGGAGCCACCAGCACCUGCUGCAGUACAGUGCUGCAUUGCAGUGUAACCAUUUCCUCGGGGUAUCUGUGGCAUUUCUAAGAAUCCUGCCUAAAUU